AUGGUCCAUGAGAAAGAAGUUCAGUACCCGACACCAUGCUCUUUGCUCUUCCGCGACGAGGCGCAGCGCUGGCAGGCCGUGCAGGACAGGGACGCCGCCGCCGACGGGUUGUUUGUCUACGCCGUCAAGACGACCAAGAUCUACUGCCGGCCCAUCUGCAAGGCGCGACUGGCACGGCGGGCCAACGUGUCCUUUUACGACACCGGCCGCGAGGCCCAGGACGCUGGCUUCCGCGCGUGCAAGCGGUGCAAGCCGGAGCUGGCGGGCUGCAUGCCCGAGGAACUGGCCGUGCGCAAGAUCCGUGCCUUUGUCGAAGAGCAGCGACGAGGCACAAAGACCGGCGCGGCGGACUCGCGACUGAGCCUGAGCCAGAUGGCCCGCCAGACGGGCCUCUCCAAGUGGCACUUUCACAGGGUCUUUAAGCGUUGCGUGGGCGCCACGCCGAGCGAGUUCCUGCGCAGCGGCGGCAGCAGAGCGGUGCCCUCGUCGACAUCCCAGUCACCGCCCACCACCACCACCAGCGGGACCCUGUCGCCAUGGACGGACUCGGAUUUGGACGUCGGCCUUGGCUGGUCUCCGCCGAGGAACGAGAUGGAUGGCCAGCACGACAUUAUGGACUUUGCCUUGUUUGAUGUGGAGUCGGCACUGAUGCCGUUGGUGAGCGAGAGUGGCUUCGUUGGCUGGGACGAUGCCAGCAUGUCUUUUGAUGAUUUUCUCAUUUGGCCAGAGGAGAAUUGCACAAAAAUCAUGAAAUGA